AUGAAUCCAGUAAAUCCAGUCGAAGGGGUGAUUCGAAGUGUGUUAAAUAAAUUUUCUAAUAAAAACAAUAACAAAUAUUCCACAAAAAUACAAUUCCAAGGUGAACCCACAAAAGAUACUAACAAUCUUUCAUUUGGAGCAAGUUUUGCAAGGAUGGGAUAUUUG